GUUUUACAAUACUAUGGUUAUAAUUUCAUUAUAAAGAAAGACCUCAACGAUGAUUGAAUCGAUUUCUGCUUCGUGGAGAAUAAAUUAGUCCACGAAAUGACGAGUUUUAGACUAACAGAAGAUGAUUUUAACAGGUUGGAGUCACGAUUUGACUCUUUGCGCAACGAGUAUAUGGUGUGCAAACGAAAACUGGAAAGCAAGUGCCAGGCGCUUCUGAUCCUGACGAAGGAGAUGGGACAAUGUCGAAGUGAGAGGGACCAGUUUAAACUGAUGGCUGAGCAGCUCCGUGAGAGAUACCAAGGUCUCAAAAAACAAUUACAUGGACAGAUUCCCAAACACUUGGAUGACAGCAAAGCAGCUCUCUAUAAGUUAGGGGAGGUUCCAAUGCAAGCUCUGCUGGUGGAAUCCAGGGAACAGAAUAAAUGUAUGCAGUUUGAAGUGGAAGACUUAAAGCAAAAAUUGCAGGACGCAAGAGGAGACAUCAAGUUACUAAGGGAACAGAUAGCUCGCCAGAGGGUCGGGACAACUGACGAGGGAAUUAACACCAGACAUUUCCCGGCCCAUGAAAGAGAGAGUCUUGUUAAACAGCUGGAAGAUUUCAGGGUACAGUACACACAACUCGAGAGGGAUCUUCAGCAGGUGCUUGAUGAGAAACAAGAACAAGAAACCGAGAGAGAUGCUUAUAAAACCAAGUACGAGAGGCUGAACCACGAACUGAACUACAUAUUAAAAGGAGACGAGCGGCGAGUGGUGGAUCUAGACGCACUUAUCAUGGAAAACAAGUAUCUCCAAGAGAGACUUAAACAAAUGGAAGAGGAAAAAUCUAUUGCCAUGGCAACUGUUUCUAAGUACAAAACACUUUUGGAGAGAAAGAAGACAAAGAGUGCCAUGAAACUUGGCCAGAGUCGAAGUGGGGGUCUCAUAAUCUCACAGAAACAGGUGCAACAGUUCUUAGAGGACAAGAAUGAAUGCUCUGUAACUCCCCAGACUGUGGCCGAUAUAAAAGCCUUAGCAGGUGCCCUGCUGGACACGGUCAAUGACAAAAAUCUAGCUCUCUCUCAUCAAAGGAAAACCAAUAAAAUUUUAGGUAACCGGAUAUCAGAACUGGAAAAGAAAAUAAAGACUUUAGAGGUUGCUGGACUUUGGAAUAUUUCCUCUGCCACUAAUCUAGAAAAACUGAAAGAAGAAUGUCAAGAAGUAAAGACUCUGAUUCCCCAGACGUCUCUGUCGAGCGAGGAUGGAGAAAUGUCGAGCAUGAAAGGACAAAGUCUGCCGGGAUCCAGUGAUAGUUCACUGAACAGCAGUCCCCAGCACACCAUCACCACCCCCAGUAGUGGCAGUCCCACACAUAGGGAAGAGGGAUGGGAUAAAUCUAGUCCCCUGGACUCUCUCUGUGGUAGUGAUAAACUUAGUCCCCGGGAAGGAAGCUCAGAGAUAUCAAGCUGUGAUACAAGUUCUAUGCCACAGAGUUUGGAGUCUUUCACCAGUAUUACUUCGCAUCAUGUGACUAGUGAUGUCACAGUUGAUGAGAUGUCUUCUCCAAUAUCUUUAGAAAAUAGUCCCAGGCACGCUUCACUGCAAUCAUCCUCAUCCGAAAACAGUCCCAGACACUCGUCUACUGAAUCUCCAAAUGGCAGAACUUAUCACAAUACAGGGUCACCCAUCCAUAACACCAAGAGUAAUUCAGAAACACUUGAUACUGGCGAUCUGGAUUUGAUCCCAGAGAAAGAAACUUCUACAAUGGUACCAAAACGAAAUCUGGAUAAGGCGCGUCUUCAAACAGGUGAAAAUGACGAGAUUUUAGCCGUGUCCACGAACAAGGAAGGACAACUCUGUCUGGAAAUGAAUGAUACAGAAGAACAAAUGAACCAACUGAUGGAGGUCAUGACCAACAAAAUGAUCAGUGUUAAUCAGAGGUCAAAGGUCAAGGACAGUGUGCCGGCAGAUGUGUAUUUACAGCCUGACUCCAACCAAGAAGAUGAGGAGGAUUCGUCCGGUCAGCCAUUGUUAAACUCUAACGAAGCACCACGAGAGGAUGACCUGAAUGUGGAGUGUUAGGAUUCUACUUAACAACGGGGACCUCGAGCAAGCACAAAACGUUAAGAUUCCUAAUCUACAUAACAACGGGGACUUCGAGCAAGCACAAAACGUUUGUAAUAGUAUCAGUAUGACGAAAGUUGUUUUACAGACACCGGUUUUGUGAACAUUGUUACAGACCUAGAUUUAGAAUUCUGACCCUGUAGGGAGUGAGUGUAGGUGGUUUGAUACAUGCAUCUUAAAAUAAUCAACAAAUGUGAUAGCAUUUCAAAUUCUGAAGAGGGUCAGUACUGUAGAAGUGUUAAUGUUUGAUGUUUCAAUAAUUGCUCUCUUGACAAUCGUAGUGAGGAAUUUAUUGAUUUUUAUCUAUAUGUUAACAGUAUGUGUAAUAUACAUUGUAUAGUCUUUCUUUCCUCUCAUUACUCCACUCCAAUGAUUUAUCUUUUAUAAUGCAUUUCAGUUUGGUUGUGAAAUCCACUUUUUUGAUCUCGGAGACGAGCUUACAUGUUUAAUUGCUGGUGGAAUAUUUACCUGGGAUGUUUUACGGUCCUGAGUUGUUUAAUUGUUGGUGGAAUAUUUACCUGGGAUGUUUUACAGUCCUGAGUUGUUUUCUUGCAGUGUUGAAUGUUGAAGUGAUACAGUGAUUAGAACCAGUCUAUUUAUUUUGUUCCCUUUUCAUAAAUACAUAUAUUCCUUCUUCAUCUGUCUCAAUCUGUCUUUGUUAUUCUCACUUUUUUUUUUUUUUUUUGUGUUUUAACUAGUCAUGGGGCUUUUAAAACUUAAUUAAUUCACUAUGGUUGACCCACCUUUACAAAGAUUUAUGGCCCUUUGAAUAAAAUUCAUUUUACACACAUGCUUAAGGUAUUGAUAUAAAACUUAUGACAUAGUGGUCUUGUGAUUUGCUUUUAUGGACACAGCACUUUUUGUUAUAGUUUACAAGAGUUAUAGCCCUUUGCAUAAAAUUCAUUUUCUGCACUUGGUUUUCAUUAUUAUACUUUAUUGAUGUAAACUUGAUGUGUAGCUCUGUAGUAAAUAAGUGUUACUCUUUUCAUGUUAUAGUAAUCAAGAGUUACUCUUGUCAUGGUCUAGUAAACAGGAGUUACUCUUGUCAUGGUCUAGUAAACAGGAGUUACUCUUGUCAUGGUCUAGUAAACAGGAGUUACUCUUGUCAUGGUCUAGUAAACAAGUGUUACUCUUGUCAUGGUCUAGUAAACAGGAGUUACUCUUGUCAUGGUUUACCCAUCAUCUUUACUAGAUAAUUGUGUGUGUGUGUAAAUAAUGGGUUGCUACUUGAGCAGUACAGGAUUUCUGGUUAUACUGAGAUGUCACAGAAUUGUAUGAUACAGGAGUGACCACCUGUCCAGUAACCUCAGGUGUUGUCUGGACUCUGCUGUCUGGACCCUAAUGUAUGGAUUCUGUUGUCUGGACUCUGCUGUCUGGACCCUAAUGUCUGGAUUCUGCUGUCUGGACCCUGAUGUCUGGAUUCUGUUGUCUGGACUCUGCUGUCUGGAUUCUGUUGUCUGGACUCUGCUGUCUGGACUCUAUUGUCUGGACUCUGCUGUCUGGACCCUACCCUCAGGAGUCCUCAGUGUGUGGAUUGUCUGUGUAAACUCCUUGUCUGGGGCAUAACUCUGUGAUUGUGUAGACAAAAUGGGCUGACUUUCAAACAAAGUUAUACAGAAUAAUUUUAAAUUGCAGAGUAUAGGAUUUUUUAUGAAAUGCUUGCUGAGGCCUUAAAUUUUCUGUACAGUAGUUCAUCUAUAGAUAUCUAAUUCUCAGGUGUGUAAUAAUUCACAAGCAAGGUCAUAUUGAAAUUUCAAGGUCAUCACAGGGAUUAAAGUUGUUAUUAGAGUUUGGUAAUUGUAGAACAGUAAAAAUGCAGCUGUAGUAUGUUGUAUGUAAGUAUAUAUACACAUGUAAAUUCCACAUGUAAGUAUUUAUUAAUUCCAUAGAUAAGUAUUAAUUCCAUAUCAGUAUAAUUCCAUUUGUUCAUGUAUUUAUAGAUUCCAUAAGUACAUGUAUUAAGUUUUUGAAUUCCAUGUUACUUAUCAGUUCUAUAUGAAAAUGUUCCACAUAUUAGUUUAAUACUACAAGACAUUUUAUCUUUGUGAUUUGAUGGAUCUGAAAUUUUGGACUGUUUACAUAUUGCUUGCAUACAUGUAUAAUAUUUGAGUUCUAACAUAUUUCAUGUAUCUUUUAAGCUUUACACAACAUAAAUCAGUUCUUUUAAUGUGCUUGUUCACAUGAUAGAUCUAAUAUUGUAAACUGUCAAAGCUAUGAUAGAUCUAAUAUUGUAAACUGUCAAAGCUAUGAUAGAUCUAAUAUUGUAAACUGUCAAAGCUAUAAUAGAUCUAAUAUUGUAAACUGUCAAAGCUAUGAUAGAUCAUAUAUUGUAAACUGUCAAAGCUAUGAUAGAUCUAAUAUUGUAAACUGAUUUUUCUAUAUGUAUAUACCAGAAUGUGUUGUAUUGAUAAUCUGUCUUAGAUAUCUCGAUUUUGGUUUUGUGCUCAGAGGUUUUUGAUGUAUUCUAUUAGAUCUGUAAAUUUCUGUCUGUCUAUGAGUGUUUUGAUGUUUAUUGUGUGCUAUACAAUUGAUUAUGCAUCCUUCAUUAGGUAGAUUUUGAUUAUAAUGACAAAGUGAGGAGGGGUUUUUAUACUAGAAUCUCAGGCUGUCUGUCUGUCCGUCUGUAGAAGGAUUGGUUUCUCUUAUUUACCUGGAGUUACCCUACUUCACACACACUUGCCAUGAUCCAAGAAUUCUAUUGAUUUCUGGGUCAAAUGGUCUUAGGUCAAGCACACCGGACGCUGAUAUAGGGAAUGGUUUCCAGCCUUGGGUUAUUUUUCUUCUUACCUGGAGUCAGCGUACUUCACACAUACAAUUUACUUCACACGUGGAAUUUCUAUGGAAUGAAGAUUAUCCUUAUAGAUUUUUGGAGUCAGAGGUCAAAUGCACUGAACACAGAUGAAGAAGAAACUGUUUCUCUACCUCGAAGUGAUUUCCAUUUUCACUUGAAAUCACUAAACUUCACACACAGAAUCGUCAUAAGAUGAGAAAAUCUGCCAUUGACUUCAGGGUCACAAGGUCAGAAGUCAAUCAAACUAGACUGAGAUGGGAAAGAUGGGUCUUUGGGUCACAAGUGGGUUCCAGUUUUACCUGGGUUCACAAUACGCAACUGACAAUGAAGGAUAAUACAUUUUAACAAUCUACUACUUUGAUCUCUGUCCCGAUUCAUUUGUACUCUGCGGGGGGCAUAUCAGUCCAAAGGGACUGUUUGGGGUUGUGGUAUCCUGCAGAAGUAAAGCUGUUGAGUAGUACAUGUGUUAUAUAAUGGCCUCUAGAAUUGUUUAUCAUGCAUGCAGGGUGUUACAUUUGUAGAUCGAUAGUGAUUAUAUUUACCAUAUGUUGAGUUUUUAUUGUUAAUACAUAUAUCAAAAUGUUUUCCUAUUAAAUUCUGUUGAAAGACAUAA